CAGAUAAAUAGGAGCGGCGGUGGUGGGAGAGGACAAAAAAAAAAAGGCACGUGAAGCCAAUCAAACACCAUACACAUACAGAACGUAUUCAAUUGGCUAAUCAGAAAGACGAAAAUAACCCUACCGGCACACCGACGCGACCUUGUGAAAACGCUUCGUUGCCCACAUGUCGUCGCACAAUUAUUUAGCGCGGUCGUCGGCCUGUUGUCAUGGUAAAUCCAUUACUACGACAGGGUUAUAAUCGUCUUGACACGAAAAUUGUCUUUAUCUCUCUCUCCCCCGUCCGCCUCCUCCUCCUCCCUAAAAAUUGCUUAUUUGGCUGCAAUCAUCCAAAGAAUCUUAAAUUCUCUUGGAGAUUUUAUCUAUUCUAUUUUUAUUUUUGCACUUUCUUAGUAAAUGUUUGGUAUUGUUUUAGUCUAAAAACACGUUGGAUCCUCCCAUAGUUUCCUUUUCCUCUCUUGCGGGAAUUGGGAGGAUUUGAAGUUCUUGUAAACUCCUAUAUUCAAUACUGAGAGGAUUGUGGAAUCAUUCAUUGUCAUCAUCAAUCAUCAUCUUCCACGAGUUCAAGAACUAACCCAUCACUGAACCAUUUAGAAUGCCGGAUAAAGGAGUGAUUUUGCAUCCAGUUCCGAGCCAAUUACUGAUUCUACGGCCAAGCCCUUUGCUUCAAUGGCGUCUUGGUGCUCUUACUGCACUCGUCUUCUUCCUCAUGUUAGUCUUUUGGAGCAUUGAUGGUUGUUCCAUUCAAACCUUCGUUGAGCCAUGGAGAUUCAAUGCUUACUCUGUUAAGAUCAGUCCUUCUCCCUCCUCCCACUCCCUUCGAAUCAGCCCUUCUCCGUCUCCUUUAACGUCACCUCAACCCAAUCUAGCAUCAGAGGAACCUCGAGGCCGCCACAAUCUCACUAUGCACACGACGAAGGUGGUGGAACCAACUCUGGAUCCGAAUAUCACUUCGAACUCGACCCGGGUUCAAUUCGGGUGGAUCACCGCCGCUUCGGGGAAAGGUUUCACGGCGAAUUUGAUGAGGAGUUGGUUGGCUCCGGGAGGAGCGCCGUGCAGAGAAGCAAAAACCGUCGAGAUUUCAGUUUCCGGCGUCGACGGGAUUGAUUCGUUAGAGUUAACCGCCGGUGAGAUUCAUGAGUUCAGAUUCCAAGCCUUGGAUGAAUCUGGUAAACACGUUUGCAUCGGUGGUGACUAUUUCGAGACUGAUUUAUCCGGCGAGAGUUGGAAAUCGAGGCCUCCGGUGAAAGACUUCGGCAACGGAACUUACUCUUUCUCGUUACAGGUUCAUCCUGAGUUCGCCGGAGAUUACAAUCUCACCGUCAUUUUGCUCUUCCGUCACUUCCAAGGCCUUAAGUUCAGCACCUCACGCUUAGGCUUUGAUCGAAAGCUUCGCAACGUCCCAUUAAGAUUCAUCAAGAAGCCUGACGUGACUCUGCCGGAGCUACGGUCAUGUCAAAGAUCUGAUUUCAACAGAGAUGCUUGGUCCGGACGGUGGACUAGGCUUGGGAAGAACGAUGAGUGUGAGAUCAGCAAUGACGGGCGUUACCGCUGCCUCGCCGCGGAUUUCCCUUGUAGGAAACCGUGGUGCGAUGGAGCGGUUGGAGCUAUAGAGAGCAAUGGUUGGGUUUACUCUACUCAUUGCUCUUUUGAGCUCUUCUCUGGUGAUAAGGCUUGGGAUUGCUUGAAAGGCAAGUGGAUCUUCUUCUGGGGGGACUCGAAUCAUGUUGAUUCGAUCAGAAACUUGCUGAACUUUGUAUUAGGUCAUCCGGAGAUCCCCGCUGUCCCGAGGAGAUUUGAUUUGAAGUUCUCGAAUCCGAAGAACUCAUCGGAGACGGUUAGGAUCACGAGUAUCUUCAACGGUCAUUGGAACGAGACAAAGAACUACCAGGGUCUUGAUUCUCUUCAAGACUCGGACUUUAGAGAGUUGCUCAAGAAGUACUUCACGGAAGACCGUGUUCCGGACGUGAUGAUCGUGAACUCAGGUCUACACGAUGGGAUUCACUGGACUAGUCUUAGAGCCUUUGCGAAAGGAGCUGAAACCGCAGCUGCGUUUUGGAGAGGAGUUUUUGACAAGGUGAAAAGCAGGGGACUGCAACCGCCUGAGGUGAUUUUCAGGAACACGAUCGCGACAGGAGGCUACGCUAGAACGUUAGCGUUUAAUCCAAGCAAAAUGGAGGCGUUUAACGGAGUGUUUCUCGAGAAAAUGAGGGACGCUGGAUUAGUCACAAGCGUGGUGGAUAACUUCGAUAUGACGUAUCCGUGGCAUUAUGAUAACCGGUGCAACGACGGUGUUCAUUACGGAAGAGCUCCGGCGAAAUUGAAGUGGAGGGACGGUGAGAUCGGACAUCAGUACUUUGUGGAUUUGAUGCUCGUUCACGUAUUGCUCAAUGCAUUGUGUGUGAAAUAGUCAAAUAGACAUGGUAAAGUUUGGUUUAGGAAGAGUCACGGAUUCUUUAUUUAUGUGUAGACUUUUUCUUUUUUGGAGUAUAGAUUAUUAUUAUUUGGGAAAACUCAACUCAUCAAACUUGAGUUUCAUUGUAUAAUAGUGAGAGAUUUGACCAACCGUUGUGUACUAUACAUAUCUGGUUGACAUUUUCCUGAUAAUAAUAAUAAUUUUGAACA